AUGUUGUGCCUCUUUCCACCAGAAAUAGUUGAAAAGAUUGGGGCAUUCUUACCGCAAAAUGACAAACUUUCUUUGAUGACAGUUAACCGAUACUUUUGCCAACUCUUGGGUUCAAGUUUGUACUCGGUUAUCAUCUUCGAUUCAUCACCGCAUUUGUUUGAUUAUGAUACCAAAUCACUAAACACGUUCAAACAGCAGCGUAAUGUCUACAAAAUCGAUGGAAAGUUUUUGAGAGGCACUAGAGUCCGGUCAGUGUUUGCGCUUAAAGCUUUUACAAAGUGUGUUGUGAAAUAUGCCCAGUAUGUAAAGGGACUCAUUAUAAUCAACUUACCUGAUAUAUCAGAUUUGGAGGUUUUUCAGUGCUUUGAAAGGAUUCUACCUUUAAUGGUUCAGUUACAAACGUUUUCAUGGAAUCAUGGCGUCCCAUUUCCAGUGAGCUAUUUGAAGUUUAACCAACUGAUUCGAACAAUGAGUGGCAUUAUUGAAACAGAUUGUUUUGUGCAGUUUCCUUAUAUGAUUCAAGGAGUCUACAGCAAACUCGAAGGUGUACAGAAUGUUGAUACCUUAACUUUGCGAGACGUGGACUUGACAGAUUGGGAGCACGAUUUUAGUAAAGUUGAGAACUUGACAUUGGAUAAAUGUACAUAUAAAAGAGACCACCUACUUGAACAAGAUUUCGCAUCAUUGAAGAAGUUGUCAAUUGCCGUUGAAGACGACCCUUUGAUAGUCAAGCUUAUAACUAAACUCAAUCUCGAUUCAUUAUCUUUGAAAACAGAAUCAUCUUUGUAUGGACUACUUUAUAAACUAUCCUCGCAAAUCGUGCGACUAGAGCUACACUCAACAUUCGACUUGACGAGCUUGAAACAGUUGUCUCGUUUAACCAGUUUGAAGUAUUUGCAUCUACCCAUCCUUGAAAGGGAUAUUCUUGAAAUAUUGCACUUCAUUCCACAAUCGUUACAAUUUCUCAACUUAAACGUGUUGGAAACAACUGAACGAAACAAUUGUCUAAUUGCAAACGAGUACUGGGAGUGUGCUGUGGAUCAGAAUCUUUUGAAGUUCCAAGACUUUGUUUUAGAGUACCACCGUCGUUUAAGUAACUUGGAGUGGAUGAUGUUUAACGGAAAUAACAAAAAUUAUGUGUUUGAAUGUGCCCAGCUGGUCAUAUUUAGAGACAGAUUUAGCUGUUAUUUCGAUGAAAUUGUAAAUACAUUGAUUUGA